GGUUAUUUGGUUACACCACAACAGAGGAAGUUUUGUUUUAAGGUUGAAGCGAUUUUCCGCCAUAUUGGUGCACAAGUGCUCCUAGUUUGUAAAGGAAACCAACAUCUGGCAAAAUGGAUGAUUAAUGCAACUUCAUACUAUUAAAGAGUGUGAAAGUUAAGCCAGUGCGUGUCGUGUCACUUUGCUCUGGCGCGAAGUCCUGCAUACCAUGCCGGUGUGCUCUGCAUUUAAAUGCAAUGCUCGUACUGGAUGCAAUAAAGACAACAGCAAACUGACGUUUCACAGGUUCCCACUGAAGCAACCAGAGAGACUCAAAAUCUGGAUCCGUGUCACCCAGAAAGACCACUGGAUCCCGACACCAAAUUCAGUUCUGUGCUCGCGACACUUCAAAGAAGACUGCUUCGACAGGACUGGCCAGACCACACGCAUCAGGGCUGACGCUGUCCCAACAAUUGUCCUUUUCCCCCGGAAGAAAUCCCAGCUGCUGGAGAUGCAGGAGAGCGAACAAAACGAAGUGCAAAAUAGCCCCCGCCGGAAACGAGGCCGCCCCAGAAAAGCGGCCCCAAAAACCGAGCAGGCCUCCAAAAAGGACCCGCCUUCAAUCCCGAAUAAAUCCAACAAUGCCCCUUUACCGGCCCCCGUCCCCAUCCCCGUCCCCGUCCCCAGCAAAAACAACACUGCUAGCGCCCCCAGCGCGGCGCCUCCCGCGCCCCAGGUAGGGCGGAACGCGGCGGCGGCGGCGUCGCGGCCCCUGAUGGCCGCGGCGGCGAUGGAGCACCAGCCCAGCGUCCUCACCUACUUCAGCUACGUCCCGCGGGUGGAGCCCAAGCCGCUGCUGCCCUCGGACCACCUGUACGCGGUGACGGAGUCGCCGGUCAGGCUCAAGAGACGCUGCAACAACAUCACGGACAAGCUGGAGGCGUGCCGGAAGAAGCUGAAGAUGGAGCAGCAGAAGGUGCGCCGCUGGCACCGCGACGUCGCCAAGCUCAAGACGGCGGUGAAGGAGCUGCGCAAGGAGAGCGCCGCCCCGCCCAGCUGCUCCGACAUGGUGGCGGAGAAGUUCAGCGGCGUGCCCAAGGAGCUGGUGAAGAGGAUGCUGGGAGAGAAGAGGGCCUCCCUGGAGUACACGGAGGAGCUGAAGGCCUUCGCCUUCAAGCUCCGCCUCCUGUCGCCGAAGGCCUACAACUACGUGCGCAGCAGCUUCAAGCAGGCCCUGCCGCACCCCAGCGUCAUGAGAACGUGGCAGGCGCACGGCAAGCUGGGGGGCGUCGCCGAUGGCGACGACGCGCUGCCGGAGGCGCUGGCCGAAGAAGACGCGCACGGGAAGAAGGGCGCGGCCGUCCCGCACGCGAGGACGGCGAUACAGCAGUGUCAGUACGCCAGGCUCCGAGUCAAAGCGCAGGAGGGGGACUCUUUUGCGGAGUGGGUGGAGAUUCACAAAGGAAUGGUGGUUUACAUUUGCUUUUUCAAAGGAGCCACAGAAAAGGUGAUCCCAAAAAUGGUGAAGGCCUUGCUGAAUGUGAAGCUUUUUGAGGCGGGCCCGGGGAAGCAGGCCUCGGUGCUGGAGCUGCCCGGGAGCGUGCUCGUGGUCCCCCAGGACACGCUGGGGGGGCAGGCCAAGAGGCGGAGCAUGCACUACCCGAACAAUAUCGAGAGCACGAAGGGCCUCCAGCUCUACGCCAGCUUCGUGACUCAGCUGGAGAGCCAGCUAGCCUCCUCCAGCAAGUGCACGGAGGCUGGGGUGGUGGUCAGGUACGGGGUCUACGGAGAAAAGCAAGCCCUGGUGAUGGACAGUGAUGGACUCUCCACGCAUCUGAUGGAAUUUUAAGCCCCUCCCACUGGACCUCUUCGCUCUUUCACUGUGCAGUUCAUUAUGUUCAGCAGGAUGAGAGACACAUGCAGUAACAUUACAAUGCUCCACCCACCAGAUAGGUUUUUGUAUAUGGCAGAAAUAUAUUAUGCAUCAGAUAUUUUGUUGGGUAAACCGAUUUGAUUUUACGUUUCAUUUCUUCCAGAACGGACAAUUCUUCAGCAGUCUGAGCUUUUUCACAAUUUUUAGUAACUUGGUUUUGAUAGACUUAUUUACUUUUACUAUUGGACAUUCCUUUGUGUCCGUGCCAUUAAAAGUUGGAACUUCUGCAUA